AUGAAGUCUCCUAAAAGCCAAACAGUCCAAAAGAGGCUUUUGGCUCUCAAAAGCUCCUUUUGGCUUUUCAAAAUUCAUCUCAAAUGGGCCCUUUGUCUGAUAAACCUUGUUGUUACUGUCAAAUCCGAGUUCCCAACAACAAUUCAUUUCAAUUAUAAAUGUCUAGAUAACGGUAAUUACACAAGUAAAAGCACGUACAAGACAAACCUUGAUACCCUCCUCUCCACUGUCUCGCCUAGUAUUGACAACAAUGGAUUCUACAAUGCUUCAACCGGAGAAAAUUUCGAUAGAGUCAAUGUCAUUGCGCUCUGUAGAGCAGAUCUUCAGCCUUAUAAAUGCCGUGAUUAUGUCAAAAAUGCUACAGCUGAAAUCUUAAAGAAGUGUCCGAAUAAAAAACAGGCAACUUUGUGGCACGAAUUUUGCAUGGUACAACACUCCAACGAGACUAUCUUCGGAACUCUAGCGUAUUCUCCUUUUGACUGGGGUUAUAGUGAGGAAAAACUCACAAAUCUAGACAAGUUUUACCAGGAGCUUAACAUAUUGUUGGAUAGUCUUCGAAACCAGACUGCCUAUAAUAGCUCCCCCAAGAAAUUUGCUGCAGCUAGUCGAGUUAACCGAGAUUAUGAGACAACUUAUGCAUUUGAGCAGUGUACGCCUGAUAUAACACCAAAGGAAUGUGAUGAUUGCUUAAAAAAUUCUGUUUUACUCAUUCGAGAAUGUUGUGAUGACGCGGCUAGAGUUGGAAUCCUUAGGCCUAGUUGCUAUCUUCGCUUUGGAACUGAUUUUAACUUCUACAAUGAGACUAUAGUUGAAAUACUCAAGACAAUAGCAUCACCAAUGCCGCCGCCGUUGCUGUCGCCGCCGCCACCACCACCUGGUAAGGACGUUCUCUUGGUAAAUCCUAAUUUUUUUUUUUGUUCCGGAAUAUAUUUUAUUGAAUAA